AUGGAGAAGAACUUUGAUGAGACAGUUGUUGGUAGCCAAGAUGGUAGUUCCAGUGAUCUGGAGCACAUCGAAGUUGACUGGACAGAAGAAGAGGAAGCGAAACUCAUUCGUAAUGGAAAUGCUCUCACAGACUUUUUCAUGGCUGAUGUUGGGAUUACUCAAAGUCAGUUCAACGUUGGACAGCAGCUUUUGUCUGCGGGUAUUGUCCUGCUUGAGAUUCCCAGCAACUUCAUCCUCUACCGUGUUGGGCCCGCCAAGUGGAUUGGAUCCCAGAUCAUUGCAUGGGGCCUCGUUGCCACGUUUCAAGCCUUCCAGAAAGGUUUGGGCGCUUUUCUUUCCACUCGACUUCUUCUUGGUCUUUGUGAAGCUGGAUUUAUCCCUGCAGGACUGUAUACAAUUACUCGAUGGUACAAACGUGAUGAGACCAGCAAGCGAUUCUCCAUCUACUUCCUGGGUAACAUGAUUGCCUCUGGAGCAUCAGGUCUCAUUGCAUAUGGGAUUCUUCACAUGAGAGGUGUUGGUGGACUCGGAGGCUGGCAGUGGCUUUUCAUCCUUGAGGGUAUCUUCACCAUCCUCGUUGGAAUUCUCUUCAUUCUGUUCUUCCCCGACAGUCCCUUCAACCCCGUCUCACUCUUCAAAUUCGGUGUCUUCACUGAGAGGGAGAGAGAGAUCCUAACGAAGAGAAUUCUGAAGGAUGAUCCUUCCAAGAUUCACGCAAAGCCAAAUGUCACUAAAGAAGAGUUUCGCAAUGUGAUGACAAACUGGAGACUCAUUCCUCAUGUUCUACUUACUAUCAGUGCUCUCGCACCCGCUACAACUAUGGGCUCCUACUCGCCAAGCCUUGUAAAGUCAUUUGGUUAUGAAAGACUCAAGUCUAAUGCCCUUGUGUCAAUUGGAUCUUGGGCCCUCGUUGUGACCAACCUACUAUGGGGUUAUCUGGGUGACAAACUUCAAAUGCGUGGCCCUCUGGUUGCAUUUGGAAUCUUCAUGUUCUGGGCAUUUACAAUCGCUGAUCGUGUCAUGGUGUUUUCACCCGAUGGACAUACGCGAUUCGCUCUGUUGACAUUAACACAUGCUUUCGGAUGGCAAUGGCAUCCCCUUAAUGGUUCUUGGAUGUCUCUCAACGCUGGUUCCGCUGGAGAGAGAUCCAUCACCAUGGCCAUCCUCAUCAUGUCAGCCAACACAUCUGGCAUUAUUGGAAGUCAACUCUUCCAAGAGCGCGAUGCUCCUCUUUACAAGACAGGCUGGACCGCUAUCAUGGCUCUGGCUUCGGUUGGUCUUGUUAUGGCUGUCGUUGCGAACUUGCAGUACUUCUUCCUCAACGGCCGACGGAUAGGUCGCAAGGGAUUGAAGUAUAGUCCUUAG